AUGGCCAACUCGGGUUACACAUCGCCCUUCCCAACUUCGCAUGAUAUAAUCGGACAGUCGACGCUUGCGACCCCUCUGUUUAUGCCCUCCUCUCCUCCGCGACAAUCAAAUCGCUCAGCAAAUCAAGCGCCACAGUCCCCACGAUCACCGCAGUCGGCGCAUUCACCCCAAUCUCCUCGGUCUCCUCAGUCUCCCCAGUCCCCUCAGUCUCCUCGGUCUCCUCCAUGUCCACAGUCGCCGCGGUCGCCGCAAUCACCACCCCUCUCUCCACCACGUCCCGAGAGCCCGGUCUCUGAAAAAUUCGAUCCUCAUCAAGACGACGACGAUGAAGACCGCGUGACCGAUCGUGGAUCAGACCAUGAGGACCACCUGCAAGACUUGUCUCGCCCGUCGACUCCCGGAAGCCCAAGUGCGAUAGACCUGGAUGCGCGCCUCGCCAACUAUACUGUUGACUUCAGCGCAUUUCCCAGCAGCAAAUUUCUCCAUGACAGGGACGAGCCACUUCUUCCGGACCUGGAUGCGGACGAUGCGCAAGACAAGCUGUCGGAGGUCGGUGGCCCUGAAGACUUUACGGCAAACAUGGAGAGAUACCUGAUGGGUGAGGGCACUUCAAGCGCCCGGAGAAGUCAAUUCAGCGAUCCUGACGAUCUCCCGGAACCAAAAGCCCGAUAUAGUUCCGUCAAGGGUCGACAGGCGGCCGUCGACGACGACGCAGAUGCGGCGAGAUCAGCGAGUUUUGGGCCGCCGGUCGACAUGUCGACUCCCUCGCACCUUCUUCAUCGGACAAGUGCCCUCCCACGCGACUCCACCCAACUCGAAGAUAUUGAAGAGGAUCCGCAGGACGAAGUCUCGGCGAUGGCGUCCCCUUCAGAACGCAAAGUGUCAAUGUCCUCGGAUCAUUCCACAGGGCAUCUGGAGGAACGUCUGCAGCAACGCAUUGCUGAGCUCGAAGAGGAGAUUGAGAAUCGAGACGACCAAAUUUACAAAAACCGGACGCGCGUCAUGGAAGCUGCCUCGGCUGUAGAGAAAACGCGGCAUCUACAAGCUGAGUUGCAGCUUAAGAAUGAGCAGUUGGCCGCGCUCACCGCAAGAGUCGAGAAUGAGGCGAAGCUCCAGGCGCGGAUCGAGGCGCUUGAGCAAGAAAAGAAUCAGCGCGAGCAACUCCUGCAACAGUCCACCACACGUCAAGCCGAGUUUGGUGCCGUCGAGCAGCAGCUCCGAGAGAUGCAAAAACAAUUCGAAGAUAAGGAUUCCCAGUCGGCACUCGAUGCUGAGCGAUUGGAGACGAUCUCGCAUUUGCGGCAGCAAUUACAGUUGACCCAAGAACAAUUGAAGAAACGAGACGAGACCUUGGACGAAACGAUGAACAAGCUGAAGGAAGUGACCCGGGCAAAAGAGGUGCAGCUUCACGAGAAAAACGCCGAGAUUGACAGGCUCAAGGGCGAAAUUGACGAACAGGCCUUGGAGAAUGAAAGGCUAGAACAUGAGCUUGAGCGCGCCAACAAAGACUAUGAAACUCUGGAGGAUCGCUUGACUGCCUUGGAAGUCAAGAGCGCUCCGCUUGAGGAGAGGAACCACUCCCUCGAGGCAGAUCUGACGCGGGCACAGUCGCAGGUGGAGGCACAAGAAAGCGCUUUGAAAGCCGUGGCAGCAGACUUGCCCAUAGGCAGUCGCAAUACAUACAGUGAAAUUCUCGACUUGAUCAAAGAUCUGGGUGGCGAGGACCCGCCACCAAGGAGGGUCAGCUCGCCCAAGGGCAAGAUUCCCGAAGACGUCGGUGUCGACGUGCAGGAAUUACGCGAUGAAAUUUCACGACUUCAGCAAGAGCUGCAGAAUGCUAGUGUUUCCCAAGAAUCCGCUGAGACUGAGACCGGCCGUGUGAAGGAGCAACUUGCCGAGACACAGGCUCUGGUCAAGACAAUCGAGAAUGAGAAUAUGCGUCUGAGCAGUCGAGUUGAGGAGCUGGUCUCUAAUCUCAACAAAACUCGGCAUGAGUUGACGCGUACGCAGGAGGAGCACGCCGAAGCCCUCGAGAGUGUCGCGCGUCUCCAGGAGGCAGCACUUGACCAACCGACCAGCCCACCGGCAUCUCCCAAGACUCAAGAAUCAGGACCAUCUGAAGCGCAAACCGCCGCACGGAUAGCGGAGCUGGAGGCCGCUCAUCAGGCUCAAGUCCGAAGCUUGCAAACCGUGCAUUCCACUGCCGUCUCCACCCUGCGGUCCUCUCACGCUGAAUCCAUGCGUAAGAUUCGCAGCCUCCUUUCCUCAGCCGAACGCCGUGAAGCUGAGCUGCGCACGGAACUCACCACGAUUCGCACGUCUUGGGGAUCUCAGGAAACCCAAUUGCGCAAGAGCUUCAAGUCUGAAAUCCGUCGCCUGGAAGCCGUCAUUGCCGCCAAAGAAGAGACCUCCGUGGCUAUCGACGAGCGCAUCGCAUUGUCGGUGGACAAGCGGGAGCGCGAGUGGGAGCGCCGCGUGGACUUGUUGCUCAAAGAGCGGGAUCGCAUGGCUAAAGUGCUCAUGAUGUAUUGGGGUGAGAAGGACUUGGGCAAAGGCCCUGGUCCCUUGGCCGGUUCCAAGGGACAUCGUCGGCGAGAUGGCGAUGGGGUCGAUGCCAAGCAGGGGCAGGCAUACAAGUACCUACACUAG